AUGAAAAAGCCCCUGGUUAGUGUCAUGUAUGUCCAUGACGAGGUGCGUUUGGGUUCUGAGAACACCCUCAUCUGCUACGUCACCGGGUUCUACCCUCCUCGACUCACCGUGAAGUGGACCAGGAACAACCACAACGUGACACAGGGAGUGAGCUUAAGCCAGAUCCACAUAAACAACGACGGCACCUUCAACCAGUUCUCCACCCUGAAGUUCACCCCUCAGGAGGGGGACAUGUACACCUGCACUGUGGAGCACUCGGCACUGGAGGGGCCCAUGACAAGAUACUGGGAUGUGGAGGUGUCAGAGCCCAGUCUUGGUCCCUCAGUGUUCUGUGGAGUGGGUCUGACUCUGGGACUGCUGGGAGUGGCUACCGGAACGUUCUUCUUCGUCAAGGGAAAAGAGAGUGCAGGCAUAAUUCCUCAUUAAUCAAAGCCCUCCUGAGAUGUACUUCCAACGACUGCAGUUAAAACCUGAGUUUUUCCUAGCUGGAAUAUGUCAUGUAUAUAUACAGGUACAGGUAAAUACAGCACAGGGUAGGAAAACUGAGAAAUUCCUAAUUCUAAGUCAGUAAAUAAAUAAAUAAAUAAAUAAAAUUA